GGAAUGUGAGGCUUGGGAGAGCUCGACAGGGAAUAAGACAAUGUUGGACAACUUUAGAGAGUUUUGUUUGGGAGUGUUGGGGUUCUGAGCAUUCGAAAAGAGGUGACUGGUGCAUUGCAAAGUCCGAAUGGCAUCACCAGUGGGCAGCGGCGCGGGGACUCCAUGUGGACGACGACAAUCAGAUGACACACAGUCGCCAGGUACUCCCACGGAACGCACCGAUUGGCAGGUGUGGGCAGAGCAACGGCAGCAACUUCGUCAAGUUAGAGCAGAGGCCAUAACGAAGGGGGUGGGACGCCUCUACGUCGACGACAACGACGACGGCGGCGACAUGCCGGUGGAGGGCGAUAACGACUGCAAUGACGCCGAGCCUGAAGAUGAUUAUCCCUUGGAGGAGUUGCCGGAGAUUCGACCCAUGGGGAGGAAGGGUAUGGGCGGUCGGGGGGGCGGUAGGAAGGGUUCUGCGCACAGGGGGCGACGAGAUCGGAGCGUGUACAAGGAGAUGGACGCGAUGGCGAAGGGGAAUCACACCAACUAUCUGAAGAAUGUCGAGGACACUGAGACGCCGAGCGGGGUCCACAUGCCUGUGAGGCCUGCAACAGAGUCCAUCGGCCACAUUGACGUCGAUCACUGUUUUCCAACGUUUGCUGCCAAAAGAUCUUCGUGGCUGCAGGGUGUUGUCAACAAGCGCCGAUCCUUGCAGGGGCGUCGUCUGCGAAUGUCAGCAUUGCUCGCCGCCUUCGGGAGUUUUGCGGACGUGGACCAUUCUCGCCCCACCACAGUCAAUGACAGCGCUCGAGGAGCUUUCUUGCCACUCUCCAACCCACGAAACUCCACGUGCAGCUUUCCCCCCGCAGUGAAUUCGUUUGGAGCGCGCGCGGAUCAUUUAUCGUCGCGGGUGAUCGCGUGUCCGCAACGCACGUACACCUUUGCGCAGUUGACAACGUUCAGAAUUCCUGGUGGUUUUCCAUUUGCUAUUGCACUUCCAUCUUCAGCACAGCACAGCCAACGUGUUGUGCAGCCUCCAGAGAACGACAUGUCGACUAGAGGCAGUGCCCGUGGGAGGAAGCGGGACGCCAUCCCGGAGGACACUGAAGGCCAGGAACGCAGGCGUCUCCACAUCCCCGAGGCGAAAAGGGGGCGUCAAGAAGGAGCCUCCGACAGCGGAGGAGCCGUGGGGAUGGAUGGGCGGGUAAGACCAUUGCAGGUAGAGGACGAUGACGACUUCAUGACGGAGGAGGACGAAGUGGCGGACGAAGCGUGGACACGUGGACGGGAGGAGGCAAUGAUCGACAUUCACAUCACUGAUGAAGCGCAGAUGGGGAACAUUCCCACCAGCGGUCGUGUCCAAGGGGGUCGUGCGAGUGGAUCGACGACACGCGCCGCUACUAUCGAAGCGCCGACCCCAUCACGUCAGCCCGCGACACCGACGAUCCAGCGGCAGCGAUAUGCAUCGGAGGGUGGUGAUGUUCACCCUCCCGUGCAUGCAGGCGGGGCCGAGGUCGUCGCCGCGAGUGGGGCUGCAACGUGGUGCAGGGCCGAGAUCGUCGCCGCAGCUGGGGCUGCGACUUUACGCAGAGGCGAGGUCAUUGCCACGGGUGGGACAGGAACAUCGCACGGGGGUGGUGGGGGUGGAGGGGUUAGAGAAGACGGUGAUGGGCAGAGGGAUGCUGGACAUGCAAGGAACAGGAAUGAACGGGAGGACAACGAGCCCCUUGUAAAACAAUUCUUGCAAACGGUGGACGAGAUUCAUAACACUGCGGCCGAUUGGGUGCGGUGCAGUGUUUACCUGGUAGGAACGGCCCGCCUGAAGGAGACACUUAGUUCCAGAGCCAUUGAGAUAAGCCGGGUUUUCUUGAAUCAAAUCCUAAUGAGGGUGUCAGAGCGGGCAGACAAUCUGUGUGAGAUGUUUGUGGCAAUGGAAAAUAGAAUGAGAAGUGUUCCUCAAGAUGAGCAAGAGCUGGUUGCUGACAAAAAGUACAUUUUGGGGUGCUCAAGCGAGUUGAACUCCAUGCAGCGUUCCAUUGACGACUGCAAAAAGUGUCUUGAUUUCCUUGGUGCGAAUAGCAGAAAGGAGGGUUCCACUGCAACUUCUGCGGGAACCCUCGACGCUGCACCAGUCCGGCAGCAAGGAGAGACCAUGACGGCCUUCCUGGCCCGCCUGGGCACUUGCAUGCAACAAGUCCAAGAGGAACAGCAACGUGAGGCGGCAGCCGAAGAGGCACGUCUCAAUGCCAUUGCACACGCAGAAGAGCAACGGUGCCGGCAGCAAGUGGACGCAGCUGCCAAUCAUAACAAAGCUCGACAAGAUGCCGCAUCUGUCCUCAUGCAGCAGGAAGCCGCUCAUAUCGCCGCACUCCAAGCUUGGAAUGUUGAUCCGGCGGCAGUGACGGAACCAACUACGGAGGAACAGACCAAGUCAGCCCUCGCCAACAUGAUGUACCAAGUCAUCCUCACUUGUAAUUGGCAACAAGUGGAGCUGGCUCGGCAGGCGCGUACCAUUACGGAGUAUGAGGAGACUCUCAAGAGCCUCCACGCCCGCCUUGACAUGCUGGAGAAGGAUGACGUGCCGCACAGGCACACGGCAUCAUCAAGCAUUGAUCCACCGAUCCGCGAGCUGGAAGAACGGCUGGAUCAUCUAGUCGCGCUUGUCGGAAAUUUGAACAGUUUCCGACAACCGACGACCAUCAGCCAGCAAAUAUCCGCUCUACAAGCGGAUCUGCGUCAACUGCGGCAGCAACCAACUGGGACCUGCAACAACGUGACGCCGAAACAAUUCAAGAUGUCGAAGUUCAGCAUCGAGAGGUUUGAUGACUACCACAAGGCGGACCCCAUCAGUUGGUGGCAAGGGUUCACCAAUGAGUUCUCCAUCCACCUGGUCCCGCCCAAGUCGAAAAUCUCAGCACUUUACCUCUGCAGCACUGGUGCCAGCCAAGUGUGGCUCAACCACCUGGCUCAAACCGAAGGCGUCAAAGUCUCUAAGCUUCACACCAAGAUCACUUGGGAGGCCAUGACUGAGAAGUGGCAGAAACGCUUCAUCGUCGACGACGCUCAGGGCCAAGGCGUGAACCGGAUUUUCAGCAUGCAUCAAGGCAGCCAGCCAACAUGCGAAUGGCUAACCGAGUGGCAGAAAAUCGCGACGAUUCCGAAGGCAGGCAGCCAGCAAGUCGCUGCUGUCCAAGGAAAUGGACAAGAGAACGACCAGGCGAUGACUCACGAGCAAAGAAGAUGUUUGUUCACGGCAAAGCUCGGGAAACUGAGCUCCGUGGGAAGUGAGGCGACUCCACUUCCCACUCCGCCGGGCAUGGUUGCCUUGCAAACAACCUCCUCCACGUCCGGGGAACAUGCGUAUGUCGCUAGUCUUCACGAAGAUUAUGAAGACUAUGUUGUCCAGCUGGUCCCGCCGUUGGACCAACCUCUCCACGUGCAAGAGUCAUUUGCGUGUGCGACUUCAUCACCAUCGCCAAGUGAACCAGCAUCCUCGCCGACAUCACUCAGGGACGUGUCGGUGUGGUCUAGACUUGAGGAACUCAACCCAUUGACACCGGAGGACUUCCAAUGGUUGCCUCUUCCCCCAUCUUGUUCCUUGCCGAAGCCGCAUUGCAACGCCUUAAUGGCGGAGCUACGCAACUACUUGCACGCUGCAGUACCAACUCCGUUGAUGGAAGACGGAGUAGCGGUUGUUGACCUUCGCGAGUACAUUGCGAAGAUUGACUGCGAGUACGCCACGCAACGGUACGACGACACCGACGCACCGUUACUCUACAUCCGCAUUCAGAUCGGGAAGGCGACCUGCAGCGCCUUGAUUGAUUGUGGAGCUACUCGCAACUACAUCAGCGAGGAUUUCAUGACCCGCGCCGGCCUUGGGCCGUGCGUUCGAAGGAAAUCGCAGCCUACGCAAGUCACGUUGGCCGACGGUCGUACGCACAAGUCCAUCGACCGGUGCAUUGACUCUGUCCCCAUGUACUUCGCCCCGCUUGCACGCGAGGCCGUGUCCUUUGACAUAUUGGACACAAAGUUCGACAUGAUAUUGGGCAUGUCAUGGCUGCGUAGCGAGGACCACCCGGUGAACUUCUACCACCGCGCCGUUCACGUUCGUGACCGGAAUGGGGUACUUGUGCCAUGUACGGUCCCCCCAUCUCAUCCUUCGAUUGGUUGUCACGUGGUCUCCGCGGCGAGCAUUCGCAACUCCAUUGCACGGAACGACGUGGAGGAAAUGGGCAUUUGUUUCUUGCACACCCUCCCUCCUCCCGACGAGCCAGCGGCGGAACAGCCACCGGAUCCACACAUUGUACAACUUCUUGACUCCUAUGGCGACGUCUUUGAAACCCCCGCCGGAAUCGUACCAAAUCGGCCAAUUCGUCACGAGAUCAUCCUCGAAGACUGGGUCGUACCUCCGCGCGGAUGUAUUUACCGCAUGAGCGAGGAGGAACUCGAAGUGCUUCGAACGCAACUCUAUGACCUCAUUGACAAGGGCUGGAUUUGCCCUAGCUGCUCGCCCUACGGUGCACCUGUUUUCUUCGUUCGGAAGAAGAACAAGGAGUUGUGCUUAUGCAUUGACUAUCGUAAGCUUAAUGCUCAAACCAUUAAGAAUACCGGCCCGCUUCCACGCAUCGACGAUCUUCUCGAACGCUUGGGUGGCGCCAAGUAUUUCUCCAAGUUGGACCUCAAAUCCGGUUACCACCAGCUCGAGAUCCAUCCAAGAGAUAGGCACAAAACCGUGUUCAAGACACGGUAUGGGCACUUUGAGUGGGUCAUAAUGCCAUUCGGCCUCACGAAUGCCCCGACCACCUUCCAAGCGGCAAUGCCAACGGAGUUUCGCGACAUGUUGGACCGGUUCGUGCUCAUCUACCUCGAUGACAUCUUGGUGUAUAGUCAAACUUUGGACGAGCACAUCGUGCAUCUACGUGCUGUUUUGGACAGGCUUCGUACGACCAAGUACAAGGCCAACGGAGCCAAGUGCGAGUUCGCACAGCAGGAGCUCGAGUACUUGGGCCACUUUGUGACGCCGCAAGGCAUCAGUCCGCUUGCAGACAAGAUCAAGUUUUGGAACAACACGACGGAGGAGAUUGGCAUCCGGUUGAGAACUUCAGCUAAAAGGUUCACUUGGGUGAAGGAUAAUAACCCAUUGACCUACUACAAGACGCAGGACACGGUGAGCAACACGAUUGCCCGAUGGAUGUACUUCAUCGAUCAGUUCGACUUCACACCGAAACAUAUCCCGGGCCUCUCCAACCGAGCCGCGGAUGCUUUCUCGCGAAGAUCAGAUCUUUGCGCAGUGACUCACCACGCGUUCAGUUUCGACGAAGCCCUGCAUCAGCAUUCUGUGCGAGCAUACAAGUCCGAUCCGGAAUACGCCACGCUCUACACGCAACUAUCCUCGGAUCACCCGCCGGCCAGUCACUAUCGCGUCGUCGAUGGCUGCUUGCUUCUUCACGCACGCGGCAAGGACUUACUAUGCGUCCCACACGACCGUCGCUUACGAACUCGUCUCCUCGGCGAGUACCACGACUCGAGACUCACCGGCCACCUCGGAGUCAACCGUACGAUCGCAAGACUUCGACAACGAUUCUGGUGGCCCGACCUCAUUACCGACGUCACUCGGUAUUGCGACUCUUGCGAAGUUUGCCGACAAAGCAACCCCCACAAUCGCAACCCCUACGGUGAGUUAUGCCUGUCGCCUAUUCCACGGGAACCCGGCCUCUCCAUUGCCAUGGACGUCACUGGCCCGUUCCCCCGAGACCGCUUCGGGCACGACGACAUUCUCACGGUUGUUGACCGUUUGAGCAAGUACGCACGAUUUCUUCCUUGCAAGUACCACGCCACGGCUCCGGAACUUGCACGCCUCUUACACACCGGCUGGAUUUGCAGCCACGGCGUUCCGGAAGAUAUCGUCAGCGACCGCUACACUCAGUUCAUGUCGGCAUUUUGGACCUCUCUCAUGAAAGAGUCCGGCACCGAGAUGAAACCAAAUUCGGCUCGGCAUCCGCAAACGGACGGGCAGACGGAGCGGGCACAUCAAACCGCUCAAGUAAUGCUUCUCACACUCAUCCGUACGGAUCAGAAGGAUUGGAUGGAUCACCUCCCCGACAUCGAAUUCGCCUACAACACCUCGGUGCACCCGGCGAUCGGCGUGACUCCAUUCGAGUUACACCACGGUGGCCUGAAGGGCCGCAUCUUCGAUGAUCUUCCUUUUCCAAGGACUGCCGACAUUGACGCUGCUUGUUCUCCCGCCUCCGUUCGGAAGUAUAGGGACUUGCUGGCUAAUGCCCGCGCCAACAUGCAAAAGGCUCAAGUCCACAUGCAACAGCAAGCUAACAGGCGUCGCGUGCCAUGCCCCAUCCGCGCCGGCGACCUUGUUUGGGUCUCCACGGAAGAGUUUGCCCUCGAGCAGGAUGUAUCCCGCAAGCUACUUCCAAAGUGGUUUGGACCAUGGCCCGUCACAUCAGCCGCGGGUGAUGAGCCCGAUGGCCAUUCAUUUGUAAUCGAAAUCCUGCCGCACCUCACGGUGCACUCGAUUUUCCACGCCUCCAAGCUGGCCACAUAUACACCAGCCAAGAGCGACGACUUCCCGGGACGACGAUCACAGGACCCUCCUUCCAUGGAUGGUCAUCAGGAAGUCGACCGCGUCAUCACGCAUCGCAAGCAUGGCAACAAGCCUAUGCAGUACAAAGUCACAUUCAAGUGGUGUGACCCCGAUGACACGCGAUAGAUUUCCCGGGCAGCUUUGCGAGCCUCCGCUCCUGACAUCUAUGCUCAUUAUGAGAAGAAACGGCUAGCGACGGAAGCUGCACAACGUC